AUGACCCAAGUCGCCAACGGCCACGGCGCCAACGGGCACGCCGCCGCCUCGGCAGCCAAGCCGCGCCGCGUCGAGGCCAUUCGCGUGGAGCCGCCCACCACCCCAGCUCCCGUGGAUGGCGAGGAGCAGCGCCCGACCGGGCCGACGUUCCACCUCAACCCAGCGAACGCGUCGUACAUUAUCCGCGUGACCGCCGACGGCGACCUCGACCACGUCCACUGGGGCGCGCGCACGCGCAACGCCCACACCUCACCCGACGGCGGUCGCGACUCGUGGGGCCCGGUCCGCACGCGCCGCGAGUUCCCCGACGCCGGGCAUGGCGACUUCCGCCAGCCGGCAUACCGCAUCUCGCACGCCGGCACCGCCAUCACCGACCUCCGCUACAAGGGCUACGACAUUGUGUCGGGCAAGCCGCCCCUCUCGGGCCUCCCGGCGACGUUUGGCGCCGACGACGCCGUGUCGACCCUCGAGAUCCACCUCGAGGACGAGCUGGCCGGCAUCAAGGCAACGCUCAGCUACGGCGUGUUCCACCACCUGCCUGUUGUGACCCGCAGCGUGCGGCUCACGGCCGGCGCUGAGGGCGCGGUCGUCGACGAGCUCGCAAGCCUCAGCAUCGACUUCCCCGUUGGCGACUACGAGAUGCUGUACACGUACGGCCAGUGGGCACGCGAGAACCAGGUCGUGCGCCGCAAGGUCGACCACGGCAUCCAGGGGUUCCAGUCGCUCGCGGGCUACACGUCGGCCGCGCACAACCCGUUCUUCGCACUCGUCAACCCCACCACGACCGAGUCGCUUGGCCAGGCAUGGGGCUUCAGCCUCGUGUACACGGGCUCGUUUGCUGCCCAGGUCGAGGUAGCCGCAAAGGGCUACGCGCGCGCCUCCCUCGGACUCAACCCGGCCCACCUGUCGUGGGCGCUUGGCCCCGGCGAGAGCUUUACAUCCCCCGAGGUGGUGUGCGUCUACUCGGGCUCCGGCGUCGGCGGCAUGUCGCGCGCCUUCCACAACCUGUACCGCCAGCACCUGAGCCGCUCGGACUGGACGCACCGCACCCGCCCUACGCUCAUCAACAACUGGGAGGCCACGUACUUUGACCUGAGCCAGGACGUGCUGCUCCCCAUUGCUGAGCGCGCCGCCGGCCUCGGUAUCAAGAUGUUCGUCAUGGACGACGGAUGGUUCGGCGUCAAGCACCCCCGCGUCAACGACCACCAGGGCCUCGGCGACUGGACACCCAACCCGCUCCGCUUCCCCGACGGCCUCGACACGUUUGCCAACCGCGUCACCGACCUCAAGGUCAAGCCGCUUCCCGGCGACAACGACACUGCCGUCGCCGGAGCCACGCACAUGCAGUUCGGCAUCUGGGUCGAGCCCGAGAUGGUCAACCCCAAGUCGGAGCUGUACGAGAACCACCCAGACUGGGUGCUCCACUCGGGCAAGUACCCUCACACGACUGCGCGCAACCAGCUCGUCCUCAACGUUGGCCUGCCCGAGGUCCAGGAUUACAUUGUCGACGUUGUCUCCAAGCUCCUCAGCUCGAGCAACAUCUCGUAUGUCAAGUGGGACAACAACCGCGGCAUGCACGAGCUCCAGCACCCGUCCGACUCGCACAGGUACAUUCUCGGCCUCUACUCUGUGCUCGACCGCCUCACGACCGCGUUCCCCGACGUCCUGUGGGAGGGCUGUGCCUCUGGUGGUGCCCGCUUCGACCCCGGUCUGCUCUACUACUGGCCCCAGCACUGGGUGUCGGACAACACGGACGCGCGGGACAGGGUGUCGAUCCAGCUUGGCCUCUCGCUUGUGUACCCGCCCUCGACGUUCGGUUGCCACGUCUCGGCGGUCCCCAACCACAUCACCGACCGCAAGACGCCCCUCGAGUUCCGCGCCCACGUCGCCAUGCUUGGCGGCAGCUUUGGUCUCGAGCUCGACGCAACCAAGCUUAGCGACGACGACGCCAAGCAGCUGCCGGCCAUCCUCGCCUUGUCAGAAAAGGUCAACCCGUACAUCAUCCACGGCGAUAUGUACCGCCUCUCGCCUUGGGAAAGCACCUCCCCGGCCGUGCUGUACGUCCUGCCCUCUGGUGACGCCGUGCUGUUCGCGUUCCAGCUCAAGGACGCCCACUUCCCCGACCAGCCCGAGCCCAUCAGGCUGCAGGGCCUCGACAAGGACGCCGAGUACGAGUUUGACGGCGAGGUGUACGGCGGCGAUGAACUGUCGACUGCUGGCUGGAACUGGUGGAAGGAGGGCGACUACCAGAGCCGCGUGGUGUUUGUCAACAAGGUGAAGUAG